GGACCACGAAACCUCCUUCCCCAGGGCGCUCUCAGCUCAGAGACUCUCCCCACGGUGGUGCUUUCUAGAUGCAACUUCUGCUGAUCGCUUUUACCGAAUAGACAGAUCUCAGGAACAUUUGCACUUUGUGAUGGAGAUUUCCCAAGAUGAGAUUUUUAUUCUGGAUCCAGAUAUGGUGUUGUCACAGCAGGCAGGAACACCUCCAGGAAUGCCUGACCUGGUGGUGGAGCAAGCUUCAGGAAUUUCCGACUGGUGGAAUCCUGCCCUACGGAAGCGCAUGCUGAGCGACAGCGGGCUGGGAACGAUAACUCCGCAUUAUGAGGACUCGGAUUUGAGAGAUCUCAGCCACUCCCGUGUGCUACAGAGCAGAUUGCAGGUGUGGUCAAUGGUCACGGAUACAUUCUUUCACCCCGUUUCAGAGGUUAUACAGUUCUCAGGCAUGAACAUUAGGUGGCAGUACAAUUUCAAGCUCAAAGGGCCCUUAGGGGCUUCCUCCUCAGCAAACUGA